AUGAAACACCCACAGAAGAUGCACGUGUACAAGAAAACUCUGCAAGCGAUGAUCUAUCCUAUCUCAUCAACCACUCCUCACAAUUUUGUCACCUGGACGGCCACGUCGCCGACGUACUGCUACGAAUGCGAAGGCCUUCUCUGGGGCAUCGCUCGACAAGGAGUGCGAUGUAUGGAGUGCGGUGUCAAGUGUCACGAAAAGUGCAAGGACCUUUUGAACGCCGAUUGCUUGCAGAGGGCGGCUGAAAAGAGCUCAAAGCAUGGCGCUGAGGAUAAAGCGAAUACCAUAAUCACAGCGAUGAAGGAGAGAAUGAAGCAAAGGGAACAAGAAAAGCCGGAGAUCUUUGAACUGAUUCGGUCAGUCUUCGGGGUCGACGAAAAGGCGCACUUGGGUCACAUGAUGGCGGUGGAGCAGUCGGUUUUGGACGGUACCAGCAAAUGGUCGGCGAAGAUCGCUAUUACAGUGAUCAGCGCUCAGGGAUUAAUCGCCAAAGAUAAGAGCGGCACAUCCGACCCCUACGUGACGGUCCAAGUUGGUAAAGUAAAGAAACGCACGAGGACCAUGCCGCGAGAAUUGAAUCCAGUUUGGCACGAAAAGUUCUACUUUGAGUGCCACAAUUCAUCCGAUCGAAUCAAAGUUCGAGUGUGGGACGAGGACAACGACCUGAAGUCGAAGCUAAGGCAAAAACUGACGAGGGAGAGCGAUGACUUUCUUGGGCAGACCAUCAUCGAGGUCCGAACUCUCAGUGGCGAGAUGGAUGUCUGGUACAACCUGGAGAAGAGGACAGACAAGAGCGCAGUGUCGGGCGCUAUUCGGCUACAUAUCAGUGUCGAGAUCAAGGGCGAGGAGAAAGUGGCACCUUACCACGUACAGUACACCUGUCUGCACGAAAAUCUCUUCCACAGCCUGUGCGAAGAGAACGGCGGCAUGGUGAGCUUACCUCAGGCGAAGGGUGAUGACGCCUGGAAGGUCUAUUUCGAUCCUCCUGGCGAAGAGCUCGUCGAUGAAUUCGCCAUGCGUUACGGCAUCGAGAGCAUCUACCAGGCGAUGACGCACUUCCACUGCCUCUCAACCAAGUACCUGUGUCCAGGCGUGCCGGCCGUUAUGUCGACUCUCCUGGCGAACAUAAACGCGUACUACGCCCACACGACCGCCAGUCCGGCCGUGUCGGCCAGUGAUAGAUUCGCCGCCAGUAACUUCGGGAAAGAAAAAUUCGUCAAGCUACUGGAUCAACUGCACAACUCCCUCAGGAUCGACCUGUCAAUGUACAGAAACAAUUUUCCGGCCUCGAGCCAGGAGAAGCUGAUGGAUCUGAAGAGCACUGUGGAUCUGCUGACGAGCAUUACGUUCUUCCGCAUGAAAGUUCAGGAACUGUCAAGCCCACCACGGGCCAGUACCGUCGUGAAGGAUUGUGUGAAGGCAUGCCUGCGAUCGACCUAUCAGUUCCUCUUCGAGAACUGUUUCGAGAUGUACAAUCGAGAGUUCCAGGUAGAUCCGAUCGAAGCCGCGCGAGACAUGGAUGACCAUGGACCGCGAUUGGAUUCGCUCAAAUUCUGGCACAAGCUGAUUUCUCUGAUAGUCAUGGUGAACGAUGAGGACAAGAACAGCUAUGCGCCCGUGUUAAAUCAAUUCCCUCAGGAACUCAACAUCGGUCAACUGUCGUGUGCCACGACAUGGUCCUUGUUCGCGGUGGACAUGAAGUACGCUCUGGAGGAGCACGAGCAACAUAGACUGUGCAAAUCCUCAGACUAUAUGAAUUUGCACUUCACAGUUAAGUGGUUGCACUCCACCUACGUCAAGGACGUACCGCCAUAUAAGGGCGCCGUGCCAGAAUACCCGGCCUGGUUCGAACCCUUCGUCAUGCAAUGGCUUAAUGAGAACGAUGACGUCUCAUUAGAAUAUCUCCACGGUGCCUUUAGUAGAGAUAAAAAAGACGGCUUCCAAAAGAGCAGCGAACAUGUGCUCUUCAGUGUCUCCGUUGUCGAUAUUUUCACACAACUGACGCAGUGCUUCGAUGUAGUAUCGAGGCUGGAGUGUUCGGAUCCGGAAAUCUGGAAGAGAUACAUGAAGAGAUUCGCGAAGACUAUCGUUAAAGUCCUGUUGGCUUAUGCGGAUAUAGUGAAGAAGGAAUUCCCUAGCCAUUUGAAGGAAGAACGAAUUGCGUGUAUUCUAAUGAACAACAUUCAACAACUUCGGGUGCAAUUAGAAAAAAUGUUCGAGUCGAUGGGCGGUGACAAGCUAGAGGAGGACGCGGCGAAUAUAUUGAAGGAAUUGCAACAACAACUGAAUGGAGCUUUAGACGAUUUGGCUAUACAAUUUGCGAACAGUUUAGAACCGCGAAUAACUGUUUCUGUUAAAGAGUUAGGAGACCUUUUAUUGGCUAUUAAAGGCGGAGGACAAGUAACUCUAUCGCAACCGGCGCAAAGAAACAACGUAACCGUAGAAGCCGACGAUGUUCUGAGGCCGCUCAUGGUUCUGCUCGACGGUAGCCUAUCUUUGUAUGCUGAAUCGUGCGAAAAAACGGUACUGAAGAGACUAUUGAAAGAACUUUGGAAGAUAGUCAUGAGAAUUUUAGAAAAGACUGUUGUUUUACCACCUAUGACGGAUAAGAACAUGAUGUUCAAGAAUCUGACGGAUAACGCUAAGAAUCUCGCUGCGAAUGCCAAGAUAGAAGAUAUGUCGAAACUGUUUAAGAACCAUAUGGCUGGGAAACCUGAUGUUAAAAAUGCUCUCAGUGGAGUUAUGGAUAUCUCCAAGGAAGUGGAGAAGAAUCUUUCACCGAAACAGUGCGCAGUUCUCGAAGUUGCUCUGGACACGAUCAAACAGUACUUCCACGCCGGCGGUAAUGGUUUGAAGAAGACGUUCCUGGAGAAGUCCCCGGAACUGCAGAGCCUCCGUUACGCUUUGAGCUUAUACACGCAGACAACGGACACUCUCAUCAAGACCUUUGUCACUUCACAAGUCAAUCAAGUGCCACUGAACGAUGCAUCAACGCUACGUCAGCGUCAGCGUUCGAUGAGCAGCGAGAGGGGUGACGAAGGGGAAGGAGCCGAGGGUAUGGAAAGCCUCGAGGAACCCCUUCGCCAGAGCAAGCCCUCUCUUCGUCGAGAGAGCCGACAAGUUCCAGAUACCGCCGGUUCGGACGAGGGUUCAGUGGGCGAAGUGAGCAUCCAGGUGGAUCUCUUUACACAUCCAGGAACGGGAGAACAGAAAGUCACCGUCAAAGUUGUGGCCGCGAACGAUCUUAAAUGGCAAUUGGCGUCAGGCAUGUUCAGACCGUACGUUGAGGUGAAUCUAAUCGGACCGCAUCUUACUGGCAAGAAGAGGAAACAAUCGACGAAAUCAAAGAGUAAUAACUGGUCGCCGCAAUUCAACGAGAGCUUUGACUUCAUGAUCGGUAACGAGCAACAACAGUUAGACUUCUACGAGUUGCAUAUCUGCGUGAAGGAUUACUGCUUCGCGAGGGAGGAUAGACUCGUUGGUGUCGCGGUGAUGCAGCUUAAGGACAUCGUCGAGGAGGGUUCUUGCGCGUGUUGGUUGUCACUCGGCAAGCGUAUCCAGAUGGACGAGACCGGCUGGACGAUCUUACGCAUUCUCUCACAACGCAACAACGACGAGAUCGCCAAAGAGUUCGUUAAGCUGAAGAGCGACAUCAGGCAGGAGACACUGCUACCGAAUCCUACUUGAGGAGAUACGACAUUAUAUUAAUAAGCCGAUAGCGAAGCGAUUCGAGUACUUCGAGCUUGGAAAGAGCCCGAAGAGGAGAAGAAAAAAAGAGCAGAAAGAAAAGGAGGAAGAGAAGCAGGAGGCCGUCCAAAGAGGGUUAGCAUUUGAUGCCUUCGGUGCCACAAGCGAACGAAACCUUUCACGAUUCCGCGAGAGAGAGUAAUUCGCACGAUUUAUCCGGCGAAAACGAUUGCCUCAAACCCUUCCGCCCUUCUUCACUGAGAGGCACAUGACCUAGGAAGGGACAAUCCUAGCAACGGGAUUUGAUUUACCGCGAAGUUUCUUCUCUCCAUCUUUCCUCGCGCUGUGGAGUUCAGUCGAGCGUAAUUCCUCUCCCUUUUUUACGAGACUCAUAUGUAUACACACACACACACACACACACACACAUACACAUACACAAACACACAAAGUUUUAACCCCGUCCCUGGACAGCGACGACGCACCGGGAACUAUUAUCAUCUUCCACAGAAUCGAGAUAGAACGACGAGCUAGGUCAACCCCGCAUGACUUGGCGUUCAUCCUGCGUACUAUUACAAUAAUGAAGAAAGGGUGAUUCCUCCCUCCUGCGUUUAAAGAGCUAAAAUAAUCAGAGGAAGCGGAGCUGGCCACGAGGCUCCGGUACUUACAUAAGACACAUCGGACUCUUCUUCGUGGAUGUGUCGUAGGCGUAACGCAGAGGGAGACGAAGAUACGAAGGAGAGAGUGUUCGCUAGACAAAGACGUGAAACGUGAAAACAGUGCUGCCAGUACGCAAUAUAUUUGAUAAUAUUCGUAACGUAAGCUAGGACGAGAGAUUAACAUCGCGAAGAACUCGUAAGUACGGUGCUUCGCGCAGAAGGCGACAAAAACUCUCUCGAUCGGACGCGCCGCCGUUCGCCGAAAGACUGACUUCGAAAUGGAAGAUGACGAAAAGCGAGUCCACAUGUGAUGGGUCCUUGAUCGCGACGCGGCCGCAUAUGCUAGAGACACAGGACGAAGUCGAUGCGUACAUGAAACCGCGAAGUUUACGUGCCACGCAUACAUACACAUUCACACAUACGUUUACACGCGCGCAAUUUACGACCGCGUCGUUUCUAGGCCGUUUGUUCGGGAGGACGAGUUUACUGUAGAUACGUGAAAACAUUGUUGAGACGAAGAAGUUUUUUCUAAAUAUACAGUUUAAAUGUAGCAUUGCGUACGACCAAAUAGGCACGCCCUGUGACGUGACGCAGCGGCGUGCCGUUAGUAAUAAAAACAGAAAAAAGUUAGUAAGGCAUUGUAAUUGUAAAUUACGUUCUUAUUCGUAAGAUUAUACCAGAAAUGAUCGUAAGAGUCUGACUGUUGCUGAUGCUGUUGCGAAUGAUGUCGAGAUCCGCCCGAAAGCUUCCGAGAGUUACACAAAAGCAGCGUAACUAUUUCAGACCGUUUGCGAGCGGAAGAUGUACACGCGUUGUGCCUCCAGAAGUCGCAUAUUAACGUAACAGAGGCAGGCCCGACACGUUGCAAACGCAAAUCCUCGUUCUAUGAAUUGGCGAGCGAGCGAGCCUACAAAAUUGAACU